ACUCUCGGUAUUGUUUCGCAGAUGUGGGCAGCACACUCCCCUCUGUGGCUGAAUAAGGGCGGUGGUGGCCGAGAAACACACUGAUGAGGACAAAUAUGUCGCGGUGAAGACGUUUUUAUUUGACAUUGGCUGGGGGAGAAGCUCGUAACGGCCAGGUGUGUACAGCAGCCACUUAAUAGCCUACUUCCCACCUUUUGCCACCACUGUCAAGGUAACCAUGGCGACCAGUGCUGUGCCAAGUGACAACCUACCAACAUACAAGCUGGUAGUGGUGGGGGAUGGUGGUGUUGGGAAAAGUGCUCUAACAAUCCAGUUUUUCCAGAAGAUUUUCGUACCAGACUACGAUCCCACAAUCGAGGACUCUUAUCUAAAACAUACAGAAAUAGAUGGACAGUGGGCGAUAUUGGAUGUGCUGGACACGGCGGGGCAAGAGGAGUUCAGUGCAAUGAGGGAGCAGUAUAUGAGGACAGGAGACGGAUUCCUCAUCGUCUUCUCUGUCACAGACAAGGCAAGCUUUGAACAUGUGGACCGAUUUCAUCAACUCAUACUGCGGGUCAAAGACAGGGAGGCCUUCCCCAUGGUGCUGGUGGCAAACAAAGUAGACUUGGUCCAUCUGAGAAAAGUCACAUCAGAGCAGGGCCAGGAGAUGGCUGCCAAACAUAAUAUAACUUAUAUUGAAACCAGUGCCAAGGAUCCCCCGAUGAACGUGGAUAAAGCCUUUCAUGAACUUGUCCGAGUUAUAAGACAACAAGUCCCAGAGCGAAACCAGAAGAAGAAAAAGAAGAUGAAGUGGAGAGCAGAACGUUCCACGGGUUCUCACAGGUUCCACUGCGCCAUAUUGUGACCUCCCUCGCCUUGUUUAUUAUUCAUAACAUUCACAUACAAACCAACACGCACAUCAACACAACAUUUGGAUGUCAGGGAACUCCUCAGCAGUGUUAAACUACUGGAGCACAAACAGGAGGGGAGGUGGUCACCGAACAGUUGGAUGGAUACAGAGGAACAAAGCGAGGCUGAAAGGAAUCUCAAACUUUGGACUGGUGUCUCUCAGACGUCAACGCCUCGGAGCGCUGUGCCCCCCCCUCUUGAAGGAUUUUUGAUCCCUCUCCUUUUAUGUAUCCAAUCCCUGAACUACUUGGUCAUCAGAAUGGAUGUGAUUUUUGAACUGAGUGUUAAAUGCGUGGCACAAGAUGACAAACCUUUUUCGGGAAAAGCCAGAGAUGAGAAAACUUUUGUCUUAUUAAAAAAAGUGAAGGAAAAGGGAAUAAAGUGCUACCUAAUAUCCCGCAGACAACAGCACCCUGCUGUUCUUCAGGUUUCUCUUGUCACAUGGCAACCGUUUGUGGAAGAAAAGCCCCUUUGAUCCCCAGAUAUUUGUCUCUGAGUGGAUGACUUGCAAGUAGAGUAGGUGAAUACGAGUGGUGGUUCUGGUGGUGUCUGUGGAUGUUGUGAUGUUGAUGAGUGGACUGCAUGUACCGUGAGUAUAGCAUAGCAUUUACUAUGUGGUCACUCUGGUUUUGUUAUCCAGUAUCGGUUGGCAGAGAGUUGUUUCAAGUGAAAGAAAUGUGAUGCAGUCAUGUCAGCUGUUAAGUGUUUUUAAGAUUGUGAUUAUCCUGAAUUUGAGUAACGGUGUUUGUACUAACACUGAUUUGUUCAAGACCGUGUUUACAAACACUUAAGGAUUACUUUCCCAUAUGUACACAAACGGUAUGCAAGAAACGAUGUUUUUCAUUGUAACUGAAGGUUGUUUGGUUGCCUCUUGGGUCGUUGUCAGUGGCGUUACGAGCGGAAUCCAUGAACAGUACUGUAUGAAUGCAAGUCCUCAUAUGUAUUUCCUUCUUUAACAUACUAACUUCUUGUCUUUUUUUAUAUAUAUAUAUCUCAAAGUGUACAAAACAAUACAAAUAUAUCUCAUAAGUGGCCAUGUAGACAAACUCACUGCAGAUUUACCAAGAAUCUUGUAGAAAUGGUUAAUUAAACAGAAAAGAUGAGGGAUAAUAAUAGCUUCAUGCUCCAUAAAUGAAAUGGGCUCAGAAGCUGAUUUACACUGGCCACUGACCAAAAUAAUGUGAUGUCACUUUAUUUCAAUCCAGGGGCUUUUCUGACGUCACCCGUGAAUUCAGGACUGAUAAGAUUAUCCUCAGUAAGACGUGGGCGCAACAAUACUGGAGCCCUGGGAACAUGUCAGUGCUACAAAAUGUGCAUGACCGUAGCAGCGUGACGCUCCUCGGGCUUGAAGCCAUGUUCAUCCACAAAAACUACAGACCGUGUUAGAUGUAGAGAAACCUCCCACUGAACAGAGCUUUCAGUGCGUCUGUGUUCAUCGUGAUGACGUGGAUGGGGAAUGUACAAUUUAAUAACCUAUGAAAUGGCUUGUACUGUUAUCGGACUAAAGUUUUUGGAGGACAACUUUCCUGUCUGGAUUCAUACAGACUCUUGAAGGAAUACAUUUUUGCACUUUUAAUACAAUUUCUGACUUUCCUAUUGGCAUGUUGCUUUCUUUUCAAAUCUGUAAGUGAGCUGAAAGGCACAGUGAAAAUGAUCUGAAUGUAAGAGCCAAGCAAGCCAACAGCUGAUUAGAGUUGCAGCCGUGUGUGCCUGCGUACGCCUGUUGCCUUGGCGAUGAUUGUAGCAAAGCUGAAGUAAUUUGGGAUUUAAUCAUUAAAACUGUAAUAAAAAAAGAAAAUCACCCUGUUUUGACUUUAAAGGUUGCUUAUAAUAAAUGUAAUUUACUGAAUGGCAUACACAAUCACCCUUGCCAGGAAGUGGAACCCAUGUUAAAGGAGCACAGCGCUAAUCCUCGCGUUAAAGGGACCUCGCAGGAGUUUCCAGAGACAGACUCUAAAUAUUUAAGUACUGAUCAAUGAGCAAUGAAGCAACAGACUGGACGGUGGAGGAUUAAAAAAAGAGAGGAAAAAAAGCUGAAUGUGUUUAAUUCAAAUGUUUUUGUAUAAUUAAUGGAUUUUUUUUUCUUUUUUAAAUCAACUGCAUAAUUUAUUACUGUCUGUUACCUCAGUGUGUCCCAGACCUGGACAAAAAAGAAGAAGAAACCCAAUCUUUUGAAUGAAUUUAUUCUUGCAUUUGAAUAUCCGUGUUGUAUGUUGUGGACCAAGAUGAAGGAAGGAGUUUGGUCCUGGGCUGAAUAUGGAUCCCUGCUUUACUAGAGCUCGUCUAGAUUUCAGGCUCACAGGGGUCGUCAUAUCACUUUACAGACGGGAGUGGGGUCAGUCUUGUACCAGCUGGUCCAUCUGCUUGAUUUAAACGUCUGGAGACCAAAAUGAUGAUAGUGAAAAUGGUCUGACCCUGGAAUAUGUGAGCAAAACUGAGCUCUUUGGUUUAGCAAGAAUCUUUCUCUUUUCAUUUUUUAUUUUUGAUAGUUUAAAGUAAUGUAAAUGAGUUGUGUACAUCUUGAAACUUUGUCAGUAUGUGAAAGGCCAUGUAAACUUUGAAUUAUGGGGGGGGGGGGUACAUGUCGUAUUCUGUUGUCUGUCAGAAUGAGGAGCUAGACGAGGCACAAAUGAACUGUGGCCUUUUAAUCUAGCCUCAGGGGUCAAUAACAAUUCAAUAAAGAAAUAAGAGUAUUGUGACUUUACAUGUUUUGCUGCUUUGUCAUGGUAGUCUGGUGUUUAAGUGAACGUGCAUCACUGUGUUCUAAAUCGAUGUGCUUGUUUAGCAAAGGCUCCCGCUCAUUAAUCUUCAGACUUAGCAGG